AUGUCGCAGGUUCCAAUAGAGACUGCAACGGCUGAAACGACGUCACGUUCUGAAGGUUUAAGUCGUUUUGGAGAUCUUAGAGGGGUGCAGUGGCGCAUAGAUUUGGGGAUUUUACCAUCUUCUUCACCUAUAGACGAUCUUCGCCGAGUGACGGCCAAUUCGCGACGAACGUAUGCUGCUCUGAGGCAGCAGCUUCUAGUUGAUACACAUGUUCCCAAGGAUGGAAGUAAUUCUCCAGAUCUUGUCAUGGACAAUCCACUAUCACAAAAUCCAGGUAGCAUGUGGGGUCGUUUUUUCAAGAAUGCUGAACUGGAGAGAAUGGUUGACCAAGAUUUGACACGUCUAUAUCCUGAACCUGGUAGCUAUUUCCAGACACCUGGGUGCCAAGGAAUUUUAAGGAGGAUUUUACUACUUUGGUGCCUUAGACAUCCAGAGUAUGGCUACAGACAAGGGAUGCAUGAACUCUUGGCCCCGCUGUUGUAUGUUCUACACGUUGAUGUUAAGCGUCUUUCAGAAGUGAGAAAAGUUUAUGAAGACCACUUCAUUGACAAGUUUGACGGCUUCUCAUUUCAUGAAAAUGACUUGACAUAUAAGUUUGAUUUUAGGAAAUUCUCUGAUUCUGCCGAAGAUGUGAAUGAAUUGGGAAAAGGCUCUAGCAGUCUCAGUGAACUUGAUCCCAAAAUUCAAAAUAUUGUUUUACUAAGUGAUGCCUAUGGGGCAGAAGGUGAACUUGGUAUUGUCUUGUCAAAGAAAUUUAUGGAGCACGAUGGAUAUUCUAUGUUUGAUGCUUUGAUGAGUGGGGCAGGUGGUGCCGUUGCUAUGGCAGAAUUUUUUGCUCCAUCUCCAUUCGGGAUUGCUCAUAGUGGAUUCCCCCCUGUAAUUGAAGCUUCCGCCGCACUCUAUCAUUUACUUUCCAUUGUUGAUUCAUCUCUUCAUGGCCACCUUGUUGAAUUAGGAGUUGAACCACAAUAUUUUGCACUUCGCUGGCUACGGGUCCUAUUUGGCCGUGAAUUUUCACUCGAAGACCUUUUAAUUAUUUGGGACAAAAUUUUUUCGUAUGAUAAUACCAAAUUCAGAAUACCUGCCGAUAAUGAUUCCGAGUCCAAAUUUGCAGUCGUCAAUUCGCAUAGGGGAGCAUUCAUUUCUGCUUUUGCAGUUUCAAUUAUACUUCAUUUGAGAUCUCCAGUGCUUGCCACGGAGAAUGCCACUGCUUGUCUUCAAAGAUUAUUGAAUUUUCCCGACGACAUAUAUCUUGUUAAGGUCCUAGCAAAGGCAACGUCCUUGCAGGCUCUGGCAGUAGAUGUGAACCAAACUUCCCCACUGAUUUAUCCUGGGUUAUAUUACAAAAGUCAGUCAGUCAGUACCAGGAGUCAUAGCCUUUCUUUAGAUGUAACUUCUCCAAGAACUCCCCUGAAUGCGGUCCCCGAUAGCUACUGGGAAGAGAAGUGGCGAGAUUUGCACAAGGAAGAAGAGAGCAAGGUAGGUGUUGCUGGAAAACAAGUUCCGAACCGCAGAAAGGGUUGGUCAGAGAGAGUAAGAUUGCGACUGUCUAGAACUGAAUCUGACCCGUCUUCAUCUAAGGUUGGUAAAAUACAAAAAGACCAAAAGCCAUCUGUUAGGAGAAGUUUGUUGAAAGAUCUGGCCCUUCAGCUCGGAUCGGAUGAAGAUACAGAGAAGCUAGGGUACAACAAAGAUUUAGGCCAUGGGGAUCCAGGUGAGGCCAAUGGGCAAGAAAUUACUGAUAAAAACUGUGCCAGCACGUCUGAGCUGAGAUAUUCGAGUGGAAGCACAGAGUGUGAAGAGAAUUCUUCCGAUUCCUCAGAUGCACCAAGUCCUAUUCAUGGAGCUAAUGGUCAUCUGAAUGACUCAGAAAAAAGUAGCAUAGCGUCGAACUUGACCAUUGAUGAAAAUGAUCCCGGUACAUGUGGGACUACCACAGAAUUCUCCCCUCUUCCUGUCUCAGAUUCACCUGAUGAUCUGUCUCUAAAAUGUUCACAGAAUGAUAAUUCUGUGGGUAAAUCAGCCACGGGCAUGAAGGAGCGGAAGUUUCUAUCCGAAAAAUUUCAAUGGUUAUGGAAGUUUGGACGGAAUGAGCUCCCAUUUGGACGGAAUGCGUGUAGGGGAACAUCUGAUAAGGUAGGUGCUUCUGAAGAUGUAAAAGCUUGCCACGGAGGAAGUGUUCAAAAUGCUGAAGUCGGCACUUCAGCAGUCGAUGGAUGUGAUAGAUCUUUGGGAAUCAGUGAAGGAGAGACAGUUGAGCAAAACUUGAUGGGUAGCUUCAAAAAUCUUGGCCAAUCCAUGCUUGAGAACAUCCAGGUUAUUGAGUCUGUUUUCCAGCAAGAUCGAGGUUACACGGGACCAUUGGAGAACAGCUCGAAAAAUGGUUUUGUUGGGCAAGGACAAAUUACAGCCAUGGCAGCCCUUAAAGAGCUUAGAAAAAUCAGCAAUAUUUUAUCUGAGAUGUGA